AUUACAUUACAUGAGCGGAAUUCAUCCUCAAUGCGACUCGGUUAAUUGGGAAGGGUAGAUUUCUGAUGUGACAGUUGUUGCAAAUUUUUACAGAAAUUGUUGCAAAUUUUAGUGGAAAUUCUUCCAAAAUUUUGAAAUAAGAUGCCUAAUUGUCCAAAGUGCGAUAAGCCGGUGUACUUCGCCGAGAAGAAAACGUCGAUGGGGAAGGAUUGGCAUGCGGCUUGUCUAAAAUGCGAGCGUUGCAAUAAAACUUUGGUUCCUGGAAAUCAUGCCGUGCACGAGGACAAAGGUUAUUGCCACAAACCGUGCUAUGCGUCAAUGUUCGGGCCAAAGGGCGUCGGCGUUGGUGGGGACAGUUACAGUUAUGAUAAGAAGUAGAAGAAAAUGAAAAUGAGGAGGAAAUUAAGAACUUAUUUGGCUCAAAAAAUUAAAAUUUGGUAAAAAAAAAACUUCUAAAUUUCUAAAAGAAUUGAGGGUCGACUCAAAUUAAUUGAACAUUGACAAAAGUUUUAUUGUGACGCUUAAUAUUAACAAAUUCGUUGUAAUUCAGAAACAAUAAAUAAAUAAAAAACUUUGGUCAUAUUGAUACUUCAAAAAA